UCCCUACCAAAGGGAAUUUACAAAAACAUUGUGCACGUGAAGUUGUUUUGAUAUACUUAUCAUUUUUAUAUUCGUUUAUUAAAAAUUAAUAUUUUUUACAAUUGUAAACGUAGUAAAUAGACUUUAAACAUGGAAACGAUAAGCCUAAAGCAACGUUUCCUUGAGGAUAAUAUGCAGUACAAGGAAAUAAAAGCAAGCGCUGAAUUAACCACAAUCGGUAAAUUUCAAGACAUCGACGAAAUCGAAGAUGAAGUUUGGGUUCUACAAUGUCCAAAAGGAUUUAAUUUGGAGGAAGAAUUGCAGAGUCAAAAAUUAAAACUCCCCGGUCGUACUAAUUUUAACUCAGCUGAAGCUGUAUCAGUGGAAUAUGCGGAACCAGAGACACGUGCCUUCGGCUAUUGCAACCGCAAAGGUCGUUACUCCUUGCGAUUGCUACCAGUAAAGGGAAGCAUUUUACUACGUAAUCGUCUAAAAGUGACUGAAGGUGUGACGUUAGAAAGUGCCGAAGCAUUAUGCCCACCUCCAAGUCGCGUACCAUUUCCUGAUAUGAUUAAGGUUCGUCAUCCUUUGCAUGGUCAUCAAUUUGACAAGAGCUUACGAAUAAACAAAUCCAUAGCAGAACGUUUAAAGAAAGCGGAUGAAAUAUCAGCGAAGAUAACGUAUGAAGCGGUUACAAAUAGAACAAGUGUGAAAUCCCAAAAUAGCAAGUUAUCCAGUCAGAAGAAAAAAUCCAAAACCAUUCUGGCUACCAACGGAAAGAAUUUAUCUGAUGACGACGAUGUUGAAUUCAUUGGUGAAGUAACGCCAAAGAAAAAAGAAAACAAACGAAAACGAAAGGACAGCAAAAUAUUGGAAGAAGAAAAGGGAGCACAAUUGACAGUGGGAAUCGCAAAGAAAAAGAAAAAAUGUGACAAAGUCGAAGAAGUUGCAAAAGAUUUGCAAUGGCUUCAAAAUAUAUAAAUUAUACUAUUUUUUUAUAAAAUAAAUCCAUUAAAAAAAAAUUGUGU